CGGAGGGGGAAGAUGAGCUGGUAGCUCCAACCCAGUGCUCCGGUUGAGCCACAACCGUGUUUCACAACCGUGCUUAAAAUGGAUAUUUUUGUAGCAUAGUCAGGGCCUAAAACAGCCCUGCAAAAUUCUGCUCGCCCACGCGCCUGGCGUGAGUAAUUUUCUUUUGAUGGGAUCCCGUUCAAGAUCGGGCAGCCCAAGAAACAGAUUGUACCCAAGACAGUGGAGAGAGACUUUGAAAGGGAAUAUGGGAAGCUGCAGCAAUUGGAAGAUCAGACCAAAAAACUUCAGAAGGAUAUGAAGAAAAGCACAGAUGCAGAUUUGGCCAUGUCCAAGUCUGCAGUGAAGAUCUCCUCAGACCUGCUGUCCAACCCCCUGUGUGAGCAGGAGCCCUCGUUCCUUGAGAUGGUCACGGCCUUCGACACGGCCAUGAAGAGGAUGGACUCCUUCAACCAGGAGAAGGUGAAUCAGAUCCAAAAGACAGUCAUAGAGCCUUUGAAAAAGUUCAGCAGCGUCUUCCCGAGCCUGAACAUGGCAGUGAAGCGCCGGGAGCAGACGCUCCAGGACUACAAACGCCUGCAAUCCAAGGUGGAAAAAUAUGAGGAAAAGGAGAGAACUGGGCCUGUCCUGGCCAAGCUGCACCAGGCCCGGGAGGAGCUGCGCCCAGUGAAGGAGGACUUUGAAGCCAAGAACAAGCAGCUCCUGGAGGAGAUGCCCAAAUUCUACAGCAGCCGCAUCGAUUACUUCAAACCCAGCUUUGAAUCACUGGUCCGAGCACAGGUUGUUUACUACACGGAGAUGCACAAGAUUUUUGGGGACCUGACGGCGCAGAUCGACCGGCCCGGGCUGAGCGACGAGCAGCGCGAGCGGGAGAAUGACGCCAAGCUGGGCGAGCUCCGCGCCCUCUCCAUCGUGGCCGACGACUGAGGCCAGGCUGGGGAUGGGGAGGGGAUGGGGAUCCCCCCCUUUCACCCCGGCUCCCAUCCCAGGGAUGGACUUGUGGGGCCGGAGCUGCUCCCGUUGCCCCACGGCUCUGCGCUCCUGCCGGGGUCCGGAUCGUCUUUGUCAGGCCGUGAAUGAGUUGUGCCUUAAAUUUUGGGGUGUGGAGGAGCAGGAAAGGGAGAGAUCCCGCUCGGAUGAAGAUGGGGAGUGGGAUGUGGGGAUGCUGGAUUUUCCCAGGUUCCAGCCUCCCUUGGCACCCCCAGAGCCCAGAGGGUGAGACCCCCACUCCUUCCCCUCAUUUUGUGCCUUAGUAGCCCAGUGGUCCCCUCAGGGGAGGGGAAAUUCACUCAAAUCCCAUUUUUUGAGGUACAGGGAGAGGGUGAUGCUUGUCAUGGUGAGCAUCCAUCCCUCUUUUCCCAGGAAUGCUACAAAGAGCCUGUGCCCCAGAGCUGGGGGGUGCAGGGUGUGCCCAGGGGACCCCAGAGCAGGGACAGGUGGGGACAUCCCUAAGGGAGACAACCCAGCCAGGAGCAAACCUAUGGAAAACUGGGGGGCUGCACCCCCUCCUCGGUGUGCGGAAGGACCGCAGGGACUCCGUGGCUUGUCCCCAAUAAAGUUUUUGGCAGCGCAG